AUGAUUAUCAUGAAGAAGGGGCCUGUCUCGGCAGCGUUUACUGUUUAUGAAGACUUCGCGUACUACAGAAGGGGAGUCUAUGUGGUGAGCACGGUUUUGACACCUGCUUUCAUAGGCUGCUACCGUUUGUGA